AUGGCAGUUCAACUAGCAGUGGGCACUCCGCUGGCGGAGGCUCUCAACACUGCGGUACAUACGAAGCUCUUAGAAGUUGGAUGGGGAUCGGAAGAUGAUACUUCUUUGGCCGAAUUUAUCGUGUUAAUGUUAGUGAAUGGAAAGACCGAAGAUCAAAUCGCUUCCGAACUUGCAAACGACAUUCUACCAGAAGGAGAGGGGACACAGGAAUUUGCGCGGUGGCUCUUUGAGCAAGUCCGGACACUGCAGAAUGGAGGACCUUCUGUUGCGACUGAAACACAACCAGAACAGCAGUCAAUACCAUCUUUCCAAGAUUCAGAUGAGGCGCAAAGGUCAAAAGGAGAUCCACAAGAUGCGCCUCUGGCAUAUGACUCCGAUAUGGCUGAUGGAUCUGCCGCAGCGCCCGGUAAUGCACCUACCGGCCCCAAAAACCUUCGAGGCGGCAGUCAAUCUGGUAGGGGAUCAAGGAUCAUGGGACAAGUCAACCGAGCGAUGGAUAGGUCGAACGAGUCGGUUCUUCACCGGGUCCGUCAAGGGUCUGGCACAGGAAGAAUAAAUAGCCACAUGCAAGAUGCGCCGAAAGGUCCUCGAAACGUUCAAACCCGCAACGUGCGACCAGGCAUGCAGAAGGCCUUGAAUGGCAUGGCAAUGCCAGGAAAUGGGAUGGUCAAUAACAACAUGAUGAACCCAGCACAACAAGGGCAAAUGCCAAUGCCGCUAUCUCCGCAACAGCAAAUGGAGAUGAUGGCUAUGAUGGAGCAGUCGGCGAGAAUGAUGGCACAAUUCAUGCCUGGCAUGAUCUCACCUACCAUGAAUCCGAAUGUUCAGCAAAAUGGUGUGCAGCAAGGCAAAUCGCUUUUCGACCGUGUAGAAGCGGGACCCGGGAAGCGCGGACGAGGUGGUCGCAUACAACGAAAUGGCAGCUUGAGGAACAACAGUGCUGGAAGUGGCACUGGUCGUGACACAGCAAUGGAUCUCUCCGACAAACCUCUCGACAAAAAUCUAUCAUCUUCUAUGGAGACAGAAUCGUCCCAGCCACAAGCAUCAGAUCCAUCAACAACGAUGUGCCGAUUCAACCUACGAUGUACGAACAAGUCAUGUCCCUUUGUCCACCAGUCCCCCGCAGCUCCCGAAGGUGUUACCGUCGACAUGACAGAUACCUGCACUUUUGGGGCAGCCUGCAAAAAUGCCAAAUGUACUGCUCGCCAUCCCAGCCCUGCACAGAUCAAAGCACACCAAUCCGAAGAGCAGUGCAAGUUCUUCCCCUACUGCACAAAUCCAAGUUGUCCAUUCAAGCAUCCUAGCAUGCCGAUGUGCCGCAACGGAGCUGAUUGUACAGUUCCACAUUGCAAGUUCACUCAUUUACAGACAGCUUGCAAAUACAACCCAUGCAAGAAUGUGCGAUGUCCAUACAAGCAUGCCGAGGGUCAAAGAGGGUCUUAUAGUGACAAGGUGUGGACAGCGGAUGGCGCGAAGAAGGAAGAGAAUGGACAUGUUAGUGAGAGGAAGUUUGUUGAGGAGGAUGGGGAGGAAGAAUUGAUCAAGCCAGAAGAUGUGGCUGCACAAGCUGCGGAGCUCAUCACAUAA